ACGAACAUGGCGCCAUGUGCUUUGUUAGUGUUUAUAUCACCUGGAUUUUUUUCUCGAAGCUAGUAUGAAUCAGCAUUAUAUAGUCUCAGAAAAUGUAAGAUUUGAUGUAGCGAAUAACAAUAAGGGAGAAUCGCUUAAAAAUGCCAGAAUCGGAAACCUGGCCAUUCUGACAAGCGAUGUCAUUCCAGCGCGUGCCAAUGUUUACAUCCCUGAAAAUGACAGAUCGGAGCUGAUAAAUGGAGACACUCGUUGUGGAAGGGAAUCGCACCCGAAGGGCCGAUACAGUAAUAUCGAGGAGGGACUGGAAUCUUCCGUGAGCAAUGAAGCUAAAGACAGAAUCAACAGGAUUGUGGGAGAUGUGAAAAGUCUGUCUGAUGUGGAGAAGUUACUGCUGUAUCUACGACUUCCUACAGGAGACACGAGCAAGGAUCUCCGACAGACACCAACAUCAUGUCUGCAAACAUCCAAUCGAACAGAACAGGCACAAGCAUACACCUGGAUAAGAUCUCACCUGGAGGAGGAUGUGGAGAUCUGUCUCCCCAAACAGGAAGUUUACGAUGAUUACAGAGUGUACUGCGAGAACCAUGGCAUCCGUCCGUUGAGCACAGCUGACUUUGGCAAGUUGAUGAAGUGUGUGUUCCCCAAUGUGAAACCCAGACGCCUAGGCCAACGUGGACAGUCCAGAUACUGUUACGGUGGUCUGCGGAAGAAGUUAGACAUUGAGGCACCAGGACUUCCCGACCUGGAAAUCAGUCCUCACAAACAACAGGAUACAGGAUCAGAGGAUGAUGAGCUGUACGCCGCAUCGUGCCAGCUUGUGUGUGAAUGGGCACAGAAACUCCUGGAGCAGAACUUUCCGAGUGUGCGGGAACUGGCGGAGCACCUGGUCAGUCACCUUUACGUCAACAGCAAGUCUGUGUCAGCCUUCACCGUGGUCGCCGGAAUGCAGGACACGGGCAUACAGAACAUGAAAGUGUCGUCCAUGUUUUCCAAUACGACGGGCGGAGACCGACACAGGGAGACUCAGUUACAACUCCAGAGGAAACUGCACGAGCGUGAACAGCUACGGGAACACAAGAAAAAACUUCAGAUGCAGAAAGAGGAAAAUGAACAGAAAGCAAAAGAGGCACAAGAUCGCAUGACACCAUCACUUGCCUCCCCUACAUUGCUCCGGGCACUUACUUCUCCUGCCAGAAGAAUAUUCGACAAAAAAGACGAAGAUUCCGGUCUGUUCCGCAAUAAAUCCAUUUUGAGUGGAAACACAGGGAAGUCAAAACAACCUGUUGUCGAUUCCUUGAGAAGUAAAUCUUCCUUGGGGAAGGAGAAAGUUAUACAGAAACAGGAGAAAACUUGUCAGGAUAUGGACGUUGAUGGGUCAAGGUCACCAGCCAAAAGUCAAGGUCAAACAAACGACCAACUCCGAGUGGAGGCUAUGGAUACUGGUAAUGAUGCACCGAUUCAUUUGGCCAGUCCAAAUCCACUUGAUGGAAAAGAACAUACGGACAUGAAGAAGAUAUUUACGAAGUUAAAAUCCUCUCCAGAUGAUUCUAGGAAGCUGUGUGAAGUAGGCAGGGAAGAAUGGAACAUAUCAUUGAUGGGCAGAGUUCAUUCAGCACACCAGAUGAGAGACACUUGGAAUCUUGGUGAGGAAUCUCCAACUCGCACCUUCCAUACAAUAAUGAAACCUGCGGCUGUGUCUCAACAUCGCCCACACAAGUCUGAAAGUGAUAUACAGAGGGUUAAGGUGACGGGCAUGACAGAAGAAUCGAGGGAGAUAAGUCUGUCCCCAGACGUUGUAGAUGAAAAGAUCACAGAACAAAGUCCGAUAGAUGUUUCGCAUGAAAUAAUUCCAAACUUUGAUGUCAUGGAAACUGUGGAAAUUACGGGAAACUCUGACGAAUGCCUUCAUUUGUCUGUGUCUUCCGUUUCUACAUCUGUUUCGUCCUCCGUGUCUUCAUCAUCAGUGUCAUCCAGAAGUGCGUUUGUGCCUUUUUCACAAAUGAGUACACGUAAAGAAAGUGACAUGCUCUCAAUGAAAAUUCCGUCCUCCACAUCGAGUCAGAUCAGUUCCAUUGUAUCCCAAACUGAUGUUCAUCCCAAAACAAAUGUCUCAGUGAGCUCAUCAGAGUCUGUACAAUCAAACAUGUCGUCUAACAUACCACAAUUUCCGUCCAUUCCAUCCCACGAAUCUCAGAUCUUUGCCUCAGUGGAGGGCACCGUGAAACCUCCCGGGAGUUUAAGUUUAAAUUUAAAUUCUCCGGGGAGCAAUCCUGUGUCAUAUCCAACGUGUACCACAGUCGGACUCCUAGGUGCUAUGUCAACUGCGUCCGAUAUUCCAACCUCACAAGCAUUACCGCAAACAUCACCGUCAACACCAAAAAAGACCAAGUCACGAUUUACUCCAAUCCGUCCGAAAGCUUCACCUUCAAAGACUGUCUCAAAUAUACUCAAGGAAAAAAGUGCAGAGAAUUCCAUUUAUAACAAGUCCAAACCUGUUGCCACACUUCUAAAAGAGAAACGGGCCCGAGAAGCAGAAGUUUUGGCUCAGUCUCAGAUAAAUGGAGGAGUGACUCUCUCGCCAGGAGGCAUCAACCAGGCUAGCUCCGGCGUUCAGAUACAAAACAUCCAAAAUAUCACUGCAUCCACAUUACCCAAAUCGUUGGAGUUGAACAAGCCUGGAGAAUUUUUCAUCAUUUUGAAUCCGGUCAGUAAGAUGUCUGUUGUCAGUCCUGUAUCGACUGUCACCCAGUCACUUCUCUCCAACUCCGCUACCAUGACGACCAGCUCCAGAGGUAAAUCAGAAAUGAGCAGAGGUCAAAGAUCAGCAAAUCCAAGUCGUAGUCGCACAAACUCUUCAUCCGAGUCUGAAAUUGAAAGUAUCUUCCCUAUGGGGAAAGAAAGUUGGGGCGUGACAUCCGAUUCAGCGGAGGAAAGUUUCACAGAUUUGAAUAUGGAUGAAACUCCUUCAAAAUUGGUAAAAAUAGACUGUGACCAAGGCGUUUCAUCACGACCAGGUAGUCGUUGUUCUGUCGACAGAGAAACGCCAUCAUUUGGACGGAAACGAAAAUUCUAUACGUGUGGGAAUGUUUCUUAUCAUAAAAGGAUCAAUUCUACUGAUGAUACCGACGAUGAAGUUGUCAUUAUUGAACAAAAAGAGAAUGAUAAAGAUUCAAGACGGGCGAAGUCUUGUUCGCUGGAUCAACAAGACCAAGACGAGAUCAUGUCACCCGUUAACAAAGAGAACCUGAACAAUACCAUUGACAGUAUACAUUGUCCGGACAUUUCAAUUCUGGAAAUAGAUGCGUUGUCAGACAGUGGAUUGGAUUCGGAGCAGCUCCAGCUCCUGUCCGACUCAAAAACACCAAAAUCAAUACCUCAGACACACUCAGCCGCAGUGGGAGUCAACUCCUUACUGUUGCGGCACUCCCAACGAGAAUUACUGAAACAGAAGGAGGUGCUGGAUGAGCGCAUGAGGUCUUACUGGAGCAAGGAGAGUAAAGUGACCACUUUUAACAAGUCUGAUGUCGUCAACAUCCAAGUUCACAGUGAACUGCCCCAGGAUGUUGCUGAUUUCAUAACCGACGCUCUCACUGGUAUUGCCAACACCAGUAUAAAUGAAAAUGAGGACACGAACAAAAAAGGGAAUGGAGAAAUUGAGAUGCAACAUUCCAGGCCGCAGAGUUUGAGUCGCGAAAAGAAAGCUAACGGUCCAAGAAUCACCAACACCGUUACCAGUCGGAACUUUCUCCAGCCUAUAGUCACCUCACCUUUGAUGGCAAUGUCUAUGAAAACUCAGAGGAGAAAAGAUUCUGUCCAAGACAAUGGUCAAGAAAAAGGACAAAAUCAGGAGAUUUCUACCAAGACUUCUGUAACAAUGUCCAAUUUCGCGAGUCCUCAGCGGCCAGUACGUCGACAAAGGACACCGUCUAUUGAACGACUUCUCGGACCAACUGUCACCCCUGACCGGCAUGUCCAGCUGCAAUCUCCUCUGGACCAAGGGUUGACCGGUCACAGUGAUAAGGUUAAUCAGUACAUGUCGGAGCAAGGCAAGGCCACCACCCCUACCAGCUUUGCCAGUCCUGUGCAUCCUGUAAUGCAGAGGAAAAGAGAAAUGUCGGUGGAUCGUAUUAGUAACCAGACACCUUUUUCGGAUGCAGGAUAUGGUAGUAUUGGAGCAAGUCCCAUACAGACGUCCACUCCAGUAUCGGGUCUGGGAGGCAUCUGUGAUAUAACUUUGAAUUCCACCUCAAGUGCUGGCUUCCUGAUGAGCCGGCCCGAUUCAGUACAGAGCUUACCCAGUGACACUGUCAUGCAAAGUCCAGUGCCGCCAUUUUCACCACGUAAUUAUACAUCUACACCACUCACCGUGCGCUCGCCGUGUUCCACACAGAACAGCAACCCUCUACAGAGCCCGCUGGGGAUGGGCCCUCCCACACGCGCCUUCAUGCCAAUUCAAAGUUCCUCUACCCAGAAACUAGAAACUACUGUUACACUUAUCAAACCGACAGUUACUAUGGCCAGUGGAAAUGGGGGCGAGGCGAAGGAGAUCCUAAAAGAUUUAAUAGGGAUCGGAAGUAUUCAACCAGAACAACGACAAACUCGUCCUCCACCCUCAUACAAGGUGGCUGUGCAGGCGCUUACGUAUUUACAAGCAGAAAACACGGAGAGUUCUGGGGCUUUCAAUCGUCCACCUAGCGGACCAAUUGACUUUCCGAUGACAGAUCUGGUGUCACCUACAAAACAUCAGUCUGUGAUUGGCAUGAUGGGAAAGAACAAUGAGGCACUGCCGGAUUUAAGUCUGCAGUUGAAUCAUGGGACUGAUCCUGGUCAGCCAGAUAAAAGUAUUGCCAAUGCGUACCCUUGUUCAUUCCAGCUGGCUCUCAUGUCUCAGAAGUCGAGAGAAGACGGAAAAGAGGCUGCUUCGGGAUCAACACUGUAUCGGUCUGGACAAAAGGGAACAACGUCUGUUUCAUCUGGAACUCUAAUGUUAAAUACUACGGCGUCUCAAUCAUCUGAUGGUCAGGCAACUGGUCAGUACACAGAACCAAUGGUCUUAGGCAAAUCACCAUUACAUAUGCUAGAAGGACCGAGAAGUGAUCGUUUUCCGGAAAAAAUGGUUUUCGGACAGUCGUCUUUACAGCAGCCGGAGGGAUCAAGAGCUGGUCAAUACAUGGAUGCAAUGGUUUCAGGACGGCCAGCUCCUCAACACCCUAAUUCUGAUGGUCAUAGAAUAGGCCAGUUUGAAGGUGGUUCUGUACAAGGUGUGUUGUCCAAGGUUAGUAAACGACCCACUUCCCAACAAUCUGACCAUUCUACCCGCAACCUAUUUAGUCCGGAAAUCCAAGGUAGAGACUUCAUGUCUGGAGGCGUAAUGGUGCAAAAUUCAAAAGAAAGAGACAUUGAAUCCAUCCUCAACAUCCUGAAGGAACCAAACCAGCCCUCGAAACACGCCGAGAAAGGUAAGCAAGGAGGGAUUGUCAUGAAAGUUCAGACAGUGUUACCCAAUGCAAAUUAUAAAGGUAAUGCUCCGAACGUGAACUUGACGACAAACCCUCGCAUUUCAGAGAAACUGCGGCCGUACGUCAUGGACAAAGUUAUGACUUCAGUAAUGGACGACGUCGAGUUCUCGGCACGACGGAACCUGAUGCCUGAUCUUAUGGAGGAACCAAGUUCUACUGAAAUAAACGAAGAGGAACUGAUGUCGACACUGGAAGACUUGCGUUCCGUCGAUGAGAAAUAUUUCGUCCAAGAUGACUUCAACUCUAAAAGGCUUUGAGUGAAUAGAAUUAUUGUGUGAGCUUGCAUUUGGUCAGUUGUUAAAAAAAUAUAUAAACAUAUAUAUAUACAUACUUCAAAAAAUUUAAGGUGAUAGGUUUAUGAUUGAAUCCCUGGCUUUUGCAUCUUUUUGUUUUGUUUUUACGUGAGUGACUCAAUCAGCAGUUAGCCAUUUAGUUUAAAAAUAGACAAUUUUACCCAAAAACUUAUCUUCAGAUUUUAUCCUUUUUUUUUUAAUUUUCAGCUUGUUUUUGAAAAGAAAUGCAACAUAAAAUAUCUCAAAUAAAACAAAUUGUAAAUAAGAGUGAUUAAGUCUAACAGGAGGAGCGCAAAUAUAAAAUUAUCAAUUUUUGAUAUAUUUCUGAAAAUUUCAAAUCUGGUUUACUGUGCUACAAUUUUCCCUAUUCCCAAGCCACGGGCCCCAUUCCAGAAAUAGUGUAGAAAAACCUAAGCAUGGUAAUUAUGGACAGUUGGUUUAAAUCAUAAUCGAUAAUCAAUGUGUAAUUGGAAGUAUUAAACUAAUUGAUAAUUGAUUUAUUGGUUUAUAAAUUUAUGGGACUCGGUACCCAAAUAAAGUGACAACAUUAUUUUUACUUCAACAGACAGUUGUAAACUGAAUAUUAGGUUUCCUUCAUUUAUAAUGAAUGGAUUAUUUUUCUACAUAAUCAUUAAUCAUUUGAUAAAAGCUAUAGAGCUAUGUGACUUGCAAAGGGUUCUUGACAUUGUAUACAGUUGAGACUUGAAUUCAGUUGUGAAAUGGUUAUACAUGUGGGGACCGCGGUGGCAAAGUGGUUGACUCAUUGACCCCUGAAUUUUCACAACGAACUAUUCCAACCUUUUGCAUUGGAAGAGUUCAAAUGUGUCUUCAGG